GCUUAAUAAAUUGUGUUAUUUACUCCUCGGAGGCUCGGACAAUGGAUCUGAGCGGUAUUACAAAUAAAAUCGUGUAUCCAACCACCACUUUCAACUACAACGACUCCUCUAAGGCUCUGUUUGCAAACACAACUAGAAAAGCACUUCCCAGCUUUUGGCUUAAAAAAGCUAAAAAAGAUGUUUUCAAAUGACAACUUCUACUUAAAUGAAUUACUUAAAAGCUAAAAGCUAGAAUCUGCUUUUUACUUUUUCUAUUACACAAAAAGCACUUAUUUUACCAAACACCACCAACUUUUACUUUUCAAAAUCACUUUUUUCUCAAACACUACCAACUUUUACUAUUAAUCACUUUUUUACCAAAUCAUUUAAAAAAGUUAAAAGCACUUCUCAAUAGGGUUUGCAAACAGAGCCUAAACAGGGCGGUGCUGCUGUAUAUAUUCUGGUCUAGUUCUUCCUCCCUACCAAAUUUCCAAAUGCAUAAAAGUCCUUAACCACCACCUCUCACAGCUUCAUUCCAUGGCUCUCCCUCUGCUUCUACUCGUCUCAAUCCCUCUCAUCUUCCUGGCCUAUAAGCUCUACUACAGGCUCCGAUUCAAGCUCCCGCCGGGCCCUCGCCACCUCCCCAUCGUCGGCAACCUCUACGACAUAAAACCGGUGCGGUUCCGCCACUUCGCCGAGUUGGCUCAGGAAUACGGGCCCAUAUUCGCCGUCUACUUCGGCUCUCAGCUGAAUGCGGUGGUCAGCACCGCCGAGCUCGCCAGGGAGGUGCUCAAGGAGAAUGAUCAGAGCUUGGCCGACCGGUUCCGCACCAGAUCCGCCUCGAAUCUGAGCCGGAACGGGAUGGAUUUGAUCUGGGCCGAUUACGGGCCUCACUACGUCAAGGUCAGGAAGCUCUGCAACCUCGAGCUCUUCACGCCCAAGCGGCUCGAGUCUCUUCGGCCGAUUCGAGAGGAUGAGGUGACCGCCAUGGUUGAGAGCAUCUUCAGGGACUGUACUAAUCCGGGUAAAAGUGGCAAAAGCUUGUUGAUGAGAGAUUACUUGGGUGCAGUAGCAUUCAACAACAUAACAAGGUUGACAUUUGGAAAGAGGUUCAUGAACUCUGAGGGAGAGGUAGAUGAACAGGGGAAAGAAUUCAAGGGCAUUGUGUCCAAUGGGAUCAAGAUUGGGGCAAAACUUCCAAUGGGAGAAUAUGUCCCAUGGCUUCGUUGGGCAUUUACUGUUGACAAUGAGGCAUUGGAGAGCCAAGCUUCACGCAGAGACCGACUAACCAGGAGGAUCAUGGAGGAACACACCCUUGCUCGCAAGUCUUCUGGUGAUACCAAGCAGCAUUUUGUCGACGCCUUGCUCACUCUUCAGCAGCAAUAUGAUCUCACCGAUGACACUGUCAUUGGUCUUCUUUGGGACAUGAUCACAGCAGGAAUGGACACUACAACAAUAUCAGCCGAAUGGGCAAUGGCAGAGCUGGUAAAGAACCCACGGGUGCAACAGAAGGCUCAUGAAGAGCUGGACCGGGUCAUCGGAUCUGACCGGAUCAUGACCGAGUCCGAUUUCUCCAAGCUCCCAUACCUCCAGUGUGUAGCCAAGGAAGCACUAAGGCUACACCCACCUACACCCCUAAUGCUCCCUCACAAGGCCAGCGCCCACGUCAAGAUUGGUGGCUACGACAUUCCCAAGGGCUCCAUCGUCCAUGUAAACGUUUGGGCUGUCGCCCGCGACCCUGCCGUGUGGAAGGACCCCUUAGAAUUCAGACCAGAACGGUUCCUUGAGGCGGACGUCGACAUGAAGGGGCACGACUACCGUCUCCUCCCGUUCGGUGCGGGGAGGCGCGUCUGUCCAGGCGCACAGCUGGCGAUUAACUUGGUAACAUCAAUGUUGGGUCAUCUGCUGCACCACUUCGAGUGGGGACCACCCUCGGGAGUGAAGGCCGAGGAGAUUGACAUGACGGAGAGCCCGGGGAUGGUGACCUACAUGAAGACUCCUUUGCAAGCUGUUGCUACCCCAAGGUUGCCUGAUGCAGACUUGUACAAACGUGUGCCAUAUGUUAUGUGAUGGGUUUUCUUCUUUCCUCCAUAGGUUAUGUCCCAAUUAGGUCUCUCUUUACUUUCAGACCUCACGUGAUCAUGACACUUUUGACUUUAAUGCAUUUUAAUGCGGAAUAUGUUUCUAUAUUCAAAUUUUAUGUAUUUAUGAUUUUCUGGUGUGUGUUAGGUGGCCAAUGCAAGUUGACG